AUGGGGUUUGAAGACCUCCCAACCGAACUGAUCCUGCAAAUCGCAGAGUCCGCUCCCACCCCUCGAACCCUCCGCACGAUGGCCCUCCUCAACCGCCGCUGCUACAAGAUCAUCGCUCGCCAUCUGGUCGAAUUCAACAUCAAAUACCACAAAGGCGUCGGGCUCGUGCACGCCGCCAAAAAGGGCAAUCUGCGCGCCGUCGAGCUCUUCCUCGACGCGGGGGCCGACCCUAACACCGCGCCCGUCUACACCACCAAGAACGUCGACUUUUGUCUCUGGGGCGUCUCGUACAUUUACGGCAGUCUGGACGUCCUCGACCUGCCGUUGUUUCUUGCCGUCAAGAAUAAACACAAGAUGACGGCGCUGUAUUUGCUCCAGCGCGGGGCGAAUCCUGAUAUCCGCAGCUGGAAGGGCAAUCCCCAUGUCGCUGACCUUGCUGAGUUCGCUGGAGACUACGUCCUUGCGACUCUGCUGCGUGUGCUGAGGGACUCGAAGGCGGAAGUGGACAUCGACUGGCGCGAGUAUAGAUAUCGGCGUACUGGCUUUCCACCAGUUCCGUUGACUUAG